AUGUUGGAGAAACAACGACCUGAAACAGGACGACUCGAACGCCUUGCGAGCCAGUUGAGUGUAGCGGAGAAUCGGCAGGUGAUCGAAAUUCAAAGCGCCAAGUGCCAGACCCUGACUUUGCCAUAUGAAUACAUUCGAGAACCUGUUGGUGAAGGAGAGUUCACCGUGGAGUCAGAUCGUGCAAAAGCUGCCGCGAUUGUCAGAAGGAUAUUCCAGAACAAGUUGGUGUAUUACUUGCGGCGUGGCAAUCUCCACAACUACCGCGUUUUCCUGAAUCUGCAGCGGGUUCACUUCAGAAAUCUUCCCGUUGAGCCGAUGGACGACAUCAUUCCGGGUUUCAAGAGUGAUAGCAUGGAUCCUGCCAUAUUUUUUUGCGAGAGUUUCAUGUACCAAAAUGGUUUUCAACAUGUGUCAGACCGUGACGAAGCUGGAUGGACACCCAUCUGCUACGCGGCACUGGGUGGAAAUGCGAUGCUCAUUUCAUCGCUUCUGGAGAAGAAGGCAGACCCGAGAGAUUCAAUCACCAGGAGUGACCCGAAGCUUUUCAUGACAUCAGGGGCCACUCUGCUGACAAUGUGCGUGUUCUUGCGGCAUCAUGAAGCCUUGAGGCUCCUCCUGGAACGCAAGGCAGAUGCCAACGCCACAGAUGGCUUCACCUCAACACCGAUGCACUACGCUUGUGUAAACCACAAUGUUGAAGCUAUUCAGAUUUUGCGUGAUGCGGGUGCUAACGUGGACGUGGUCAACAAGCUGCAUCAUUCUCCUCGCAUGCUUGCUGGAGGUGCAGGUACUGGCAGUGGUUCUGAAGAUGUCAUUGAUUUUCUUCUUUCCGAUGCACCUCAGUCGGAGAUCAACUUUGCGCUGCACUACUGCAUUCUGUUUGCAGGUGUUUCUGAGGAUGUGGUCAGCGCGCUCAUCCGCAAGGGAGCAGACAUCAACCAACAGCUGGUCCUGCCGCGUUUUAGUCCGCUUGGCAUGGCCUUCACCUAUUUCAGCUGGCGACAUCGCUGGAGCCCUACAGCUGUGAGCUACUACGCGCUGCAUCAUUCCAAAGCCAGCCCUUUGAUGUGUUGCAUCAUAUGUGGCUGCUUUGAUGCAGCAGCAGCCCUCAUCGCUGCUGGUGCUCGCCUCGACUUGAAAAAUAUCCGUGGCAAGACGGCUGCGGAUUUGGCUCGCGAGAACGGUGCUCCGGAUUUCCUUCUUGAAGCUUUGCAAGCAGGCCCGCAACAGCGCCUAGACCUGGUUGAAGGGUCCCAGCGAACCAACUGCCUCUUCGCAGUCUGCGGAGAGUGCUGCAGUGGCUUGGAGUCGAGGUCGACACGCGAGCCUUUCGUAAGGGCCCGGAGCCUCGAGGAAGUGCUGCCGGCAGCACAGCUGCCGAACCCUGGGGAUGCGCAGGAGCCAGAGUUCCGGCUGCGCCUGCAGAAACUCCGCAUCGUCUACCAGGAUUUUGCGCAGCGGAUGGAGAAAGGACUCGGCCGAGCACAGCUGCAACUGCGGCCUCCCGAGGCGGAGCGCAAGCUGGUAGACCCGAGGAUGAACUGGAUCAACAAAAGCGCCACAGCCCUCGUGGUGCCAGCACCACCCUCCCCACCGGCAGAUCUCGAGGUUCGCACAAAGGAUCGCAUUGCGAAGGAGUUGCAGCGUCAGGUGGGGGAGCUGGAUAACUUGGUGGAGCGCCUGGAGUCCGAGCUCUACGAGGAGCGUGGAAGCAAGGUGAAUCUGAUGGCACAGCUCAAUGCCUCGCUGCCCAAGGCGGAGGUGGAGCCCAAGCUGCGACAGCUCGAGGAGCUAAAGUUUCAGGUGGACCAGUCCAGCCUGGCAUUGAAGCAGUCCAAGGAUCUGGCCCGGGUCUGCGCCGCCCAGGCAGAGAGCUACGAGCAGCUGGUGAAGCGACGACAGCAGGAGGAGUCGGUGAAGAUGCUGCAAGCCGGGGAUGAGGCCAUGGGCCAUCAGACUUUCGCUGCCCUCGCUUCCGACCACGGCAGAGCCAAUGUCGCCAACACUGUUGGCAAGCUGCAGUACAGGCUGUUGCUUUGCCAGUGGGAGAAGGGCAAUGUUCAGCGACAGCUGCAAACAGCCACGCAGGACUUGCGACAAGCACGGCGUGAGCUACUGGAGAACGAGGAGCAGGCCUUCAGAUCCAAAAAUGGAGUGUGA